GAGGGUUGCAUCAUUUAUAUUCGUCCCGCUGAAACAUUCACUGGGUUUUAUUGUCGUAUUUCGUUCCACAACACGUUCGUUUGCGUUUCUUUGAGUUCAAAGUUUGACAUGAGCCGUGAUAAUUGUACUGAAGAUGUUUCUGUGCCUUUACGAAACCUGCUGAACUCAAUCCAGUGCGUUAGAGAAGGAGUCAAAGAUGGAGAAUCCAGCCUGACACACGGACAGUUCAGCGUCUCCAGCUUUUGGCACACUCUGAACCAGGUGGUGACGGCAGUGUCCCAGGAAGCCACCAAACUCAGUCUGGCCUUCUCCAAACCACCGCUGCCAUCACAGCAGGAUGGGGAGACGUUAGCAGACUCCAUGAUGAAGAGUGUCUUGACUCUGUCCACAGUGUAUUACUGGCUGCCAAAGAGCCAAGGUGUCACUCUGCGGAGGUGCAUCAGAGACGCCACGGUAGAGGUUCUGGAUGGAGUUGUCCAGCUGGUGGAUGUGAUAUUGAACUCACCGCUGCAGAGUCUGUCCCAGGAGCAACUGGCAUCAACAGGAGGCGUGUGGUCAGCCUGCGAUCGCUUCACCCAGUUGCCACAAGACAAUAAGGCGGCAGUGCUGCUGGUUCUGAGCGCUCAGACUGGAGUUGUGAAAGAUGCCAUCAAGGAAAUUGAACAGGCUGUGUCUGAUUCACAUGACCCAUUCAGUGAUGUCCUCGAUGAUGACCAGGAGGGGGCGCAGCAUCGAGGAAAUCAAGAUACCUACUGGUCAGAUAAGGACAGACGGGUGAUUGGUCCAUGUCACAGCCUGAUGAAGGCAGCAGCAGCGUGUCUCAGGAAGACAACAUCAGCGGUCAGAUCCAACGGUAACGUCACCACAGCACAGAACCUGGCCCAGCUGGAUGACCUGGCUGACCUCACCAAAGACAUUAGUCCCAGUGUUGAUGAUCUUGCACUUGUCUUUACCCUCCCAUGGACUAAACGGAGUGGAGAAACAAUGUGUCCAAACUGGCAGUGCUGAUAAAGAAAGUUCUGCACAUCAUCAGGUCGAGCCAUGUUUGCCGGGAAUCGGAGCUGACUUGGGUUCAGUUCUUAGACGGCGCUGUGGAUCACAACCUGAAGAAAGCCAGAGACCUGAUCCAGGAUGACAGCUAGCACGAACGUGUGGGUGUGAAUGAGAAAAACUGUACAUUUUCUGGGGUGUGCACGUGCU